GAGGCGCUCGUUGAAAAGCGCAUUACGAGCUGCUCCAGGAAGUUGUGAAAUGCGCAAGAACCAAAGUGGAUUUAUUCAAAAUCUAAUAAGAAACCAAACUGAUCUCCUCUCCACAGUGUGAGUGUGGAAGCCUCUUGGCUCAUUUCAUACUGUUCUGAGGGGAUGUCAGGAGUCGUGGACACAGCGGGAGGCAGACGGAGUUUGGCUUUAUUUGGGUAUGUGGAGUGUGGCCCGUGCACUGGGCAGAAGCAGAGAGCAGUUAAAUCCUGCCUGGUGUGUCUGGACUCCUACUGUCCUGACCACUUCCAGCUUCACGAGGAGCUGCACUCUGGAAAGAGGCACAAGGUAAUGAAUGCCACCGGCUUCCUCCAGGACAAGGUGUGUCCUCAGCACGACAAGCUGCUGGAGGUGUUCUGCUGCACGGACCAGCAGUGCAUCUGUCUUAUGUGCACCAUGGAGGACCACAGAGGCCACAACAUCGUCUCUGCCGCAGUGGAGAGAACAGAGAAACAGUGUGAGAUGGGGGUGCCAAAGAUGAAAUCGCAGCAGCGAAUCCUGGAGAGAGAAAAAGAUCUUAAUGACCUGCGCAGAGCUGUAGAGGCUCACAAGCGUUCUGCUCAGACUGCACUGGACGAUAGUGAGAAGAUCUUUCAUGAGAUGAUCUCCUCCAUUGAGAUAAGACGCUCUGAGGUGCAGGAUCUGAUCCAAACUCAGGAGAAGGUGGCUGUGAGUCGGGCCGAAAGCUUCCUGAAGCAGCUGGAGGAGGAGAUAGCUGAGCUGAGACGGAGAGACCAGGAGCUACAACAGCUCUCACUGACCGAGGAUCACAUCCACUUCCUGCAGCGUUAUGUGUUUCUUGCGGCCCCUCCUGGAUCCUCAGACUUGCCGACCAUCACUGUCAGCUCUGUCUUCUCAUUUGAAGAUUUAGCCAAAUCAAUGAAUGACUUGAAAAAGCAAUUGGAAGAUGCCUGUAAACAGAACAUGGAGAAGAUAACUUACAAAGUGAAGCAAAUUCAGAUCCUUACGCCAAUGACCAGGGAAGAGGUCCUGCAGUACUACUGUGAGCUAACACUGGACCCCAACACAGCAUACAGACGCCUGGCCCUGUCCGAGGGCAACAAGACGGUGAUGAACCACGACCGGGAUCUCCCAUACCCCGAACACCCAGAGCGCUUUGACUGGCCACAGGUGCUGUGCAGGGAGAUGCUUUGCAGCCGCCGCUACUGGGAGGUGGAGUGGGCGGGUGUCAAUGGUGUCAACGUGGCUGUGACCUAUAAGGGCAUCCGCAGGAAAGGCGGCCGUAACGAGUGCUGGUUUGGCUGCAGUGAGCAGUCCUGGAGGCUCUACUGCUCACCCUUCCGUUAUGCCUUCAGACACCACAGCAGAGAGACCUACAUCCCCAAGACCGAUAAUGCCAUCAGGGUGGGUGUGUUCAUUGAUUAUGAUGCAGGAGCCCUGUCCUUCUACAGCAUCACUGACAAAAUGAAGCUUCUCUACAAAGUGCAGACUGAAUUUUCUGAGCCCCUGUAUCCAGGUUUCACUGUGUGGCCAGGAUCCAAACUGACACUCUGUCCUCCUGCAAAGCUUACAUAGAUUAACAAUUUACCACUGAAAUUAUUAGUAAAUUUGAAGAUUAAUAAUAUUGGUUUAGCUCCCCAAUUUUGAGAUUCUGUCUCUAGAAGUUUAGCUUUGCUAAUUGAUGUUUUUUAACUAAGUCUAUGGAAUAAACUCUCCAUUCUGAAACCCAGCCCUCAAGAUCCCUAAUCCUAGCCCUAAUCUCUGAGAUCCCUAACCCUAGCCCUAAUCUCUGAGAUCCUCAACCCAACACUUGAGAUCCCACUGCUAGUCCACAAUUUGGUUCCUAAAGCAAGUGACCCUGCUGACCACAGUGAGUCCUAUUGACCCCUGCUGGCCACACUGAGUACUGCAGACCCCUGCUGGCCACACUGAGUACUGCAGACCCCUGGUGGCCACACUAAGUACUGCAGACCCUUGCAGGCCACCCGUGUACUAGGAUAAAAUAAAAAAUGUGAGAGACUUCUAAGAAAAAAAAAAAAAAAAAA